AUGGCCUAUCAGCUUAUUGGGAUAAUGCGUCCGGAUGAUGCAAACAUCGCAGGGAACGUCCAUGGGGGGACCAUCCUGAAAAUGAUCGAGGAGGCAGGUGCCAUCAUCAGCACCCGGCAUUGCAAUUCCCAGUCAGGGGAGCACUGUGUGGCUGCGCUGGCCCGUGUGGAGCGUACAGACUUCCUCUCGCCCAUGUGCAUUGGCGAAGUGGCUCACGUGAGUGCGGAAAUCACUUACACCUCCAAACAUUCCGUGGAAGUUCAAGUCAACGUGCUGUCUGAAAACAUCCUCACAGGUGCUAAGAGGGUGACUAAUAGGGCGACUCUGUGGUAUGUGCCUCUUUCUCUAAAGAAUGUGGACAAAGUCCUUGAAGUUCCUCCUAUUCAGUACGCGUGGAAAGAGCUGGAGGAGGAAGGAAAGAAACGCUACGAAGAGCAAAAACUGGAACGACUGGUAACUAAACAGAGAAAUGGAGACCUCAUCUUCCCUGUUUUCAACCCAGAGCCGUACACUGUAGGCUAUAGCCAGUCCAGCCUGAUCCAUCUGGUGGGCCCAUCAGACUGCACUCUCCAUGGAUUUGUACAUGGAGGUGUUACUAUGAAGUUAAUGGACGAGGUAGCUGGAAUUGUAGCUGCUCGCCAUUGUAAGACCAACAUUGUCACAGCUUCUGUGGAUGCCAUUAACUUCCAUGAGAAGCUCAAAAAAGGUUGUGUCAUUACUAUUUCUGGACGCAUGACCUUCACGAGCAAUAAAUCCAUGGAGAUCGAGGUCUUUGUUGAUGCUGAUCCUUUUGUUGAUGAACCUAAAGAAAGAUAUCGAGCUGUCAGUGCAUUCUUUACCUAUGUAUCCCUGAGCAAGGAGGGGAAGCCUCUACCUGUUCCACAGCUGGUGGUAGAAACUGAAGAUGAGAAGAGGCGUUUUGAAGACGGAAAAGGGAGAUAUCUUCAAACGAAAGCCAAAAGGCAGGUGCAGAUGCAACCGCUCACUCAACAAUGACCCUUCAUCUUGGACCUAAA